CCUUCAUAACAAACUACCCUUCCUUUCGCUUCAUUCCUUUCUUCACAAACGAGGAAAUUCAACUCCAUAACACCAGCAAUAAUUCAAAAACAGUGUCUUUUUCUUAUUUAGUUUCCAUUUUCAAUAGUGAAAAGUGGGAAUUCAGGCAAUCGAAUCGAGAUCCAGAGAAAAAGAAAAAGAAAAAAUAACAUGGCGGGUCAUACUUUUCACGUCUCAUGGAUCUUCUCCUUGUUUUCUCUCUUCUUCCUUCCAUCUCAUUGCUUCUACCUCCCUGGUGUUGCCCCUGAAGAUUUCCAAACGGGGGAUCCUUUGAACGUGAAAGUGAAUAAGCUGACUUCAACAAAAACACAGCUUCCUUAUUCCUACUAUUCAUUACCCUAUUGUCAGCCUGAUCACAUAGUCGACAGUGCAGAGAAUCUUGGGGAAGUCCUUCGUGGUGAUCGAAUUGAAAACUCCCCUUAUACGUUUAAAAUGAGAGAAUCAUGUGUGUGCAAUGUCGUGUGUCGUAAAGUUCUUGAUAAGAAAGCUGCGAAGGCUUUCAAGGAGAUGAUUGAUGAUGAGUAUAGAGUCAACAUGAUUUUGGAUAAUCUUCCGUUGGUUGUUCCGAUAAGAAGGCUCGAUGUUGAAACAUCUGUAGUUUAUCAGCAUGGGUUUCAUGUUGGUCUCAAAGGGAAGUAUGCUGGGAGCAAGGAAGAGAAACAUUUCAUUAACAAUCAUUUGGCAUUUACGGUCAAAUUUCACAAGGAUCCAUUGGUCGAUUCGGCACGGAUUGUUGGAUUUGAGGUCAAGCCAUUCAGCGUUAAACAUGAAUAUGAGGCUGAAUGGAAUACGAAGACCCGUCUAAUAACCUGUGAUCCUCAUGCAAAACGUGCAGUAACUAGCUCUGAGUCUCCUCAAGAGGUUGAAGAAAAGAAGAUCAUAUUCACAUAUGAUGUUGAGUUCCAGGAAAGCGAUGUAAAGUGGGCAUCUCGAUGGGAUACCUAUCUUCUGGUGGCUGAUGAUCGAAUCCAUUGGUUUUCAAUUGUUAAUUCUCUAAUGAUUGUUCUUUUCCUCUCCGCAAUGGUGGCGAUGAUCAUGUUGAGAACUCUUUAUCGGGAUAUCUCCAAAUACAAUCAACUCGAAACACAAGAAGAAGCUCAAGAGGAGACAGGGUGGAAGCUUGUCCAUGGAGAUGUUUUUCGACCUCCGACCAACUUCGAUUUACUCUGUGUUUAUGCCGCAACAGGGGUUCAGUUUUUUGGUAUGAUUCUUGUCACCAUGAUCUUUGCUCUCCUCGGUUUCCUAUCACCCUCAAAUCGAGGUGGAUUAAUGACUGUGAUGCUUCUAUUAUGGGUCUUCAUGGGCAUCUUUGCCGGCUACUCGUCCGCUCGUCUAUACAAGAUGUUCAAAGGAACAAACUGGAAGAGAAUUGCACUCAAAACUGCUCUUAAAUUCCCCGGAACCUUGUUUGCAAUCUUUUUCGUAUUGAAUGCACUGAUUUGGGGUGAGAAAUCCUCCGGCGCAGUGCCAUUCGGAACCAUGUUUGCUCUCGUUGUAUUAUGGUUCGGCAUUUCCGUCCCGCUCGUUUUUGUGGGGAGCUACGUUGGUUUCAAGAAGGCUGUAAAGGAAGACCCCGUGAAAACUAAUAAGAUACGGAGGCAAAUUCCGGAACAACCUUGGUACCUACACCCGGCCUUUUCUGUCUUGAUCGGGGGCAUACUACCCUUUGGAGCUGUAUUCAUUGAGCUCUUCUUCAUCCUAACUUCAAUAUGGUUGCAUCAGUUUUAUUACAUAUUCGGUUUCCUCUUCAUCGUCUUCCUCAUUCUGAUUGUCACUUGUGCCGAGAUCACAGUUGUUCUCUGCUACUUUCAGCUAUGUAGUGAGGAUUACCAAUGGUGGUGGAGAUCUUACUUGACGUCCGGUUCUUCGGCACUUUACCUAUUCCUCUACGCUGCAUUCUACUUCUUCACGAAACUCGAGAUCAAGAAACCGGUAUCCGGAAUUCUCUACUUUGGCUACAUGUUGAUCUUAUCGUACGCGUUCUUCGUCCUCACCGGUACAAUCGGCUUCUAUGCUUGUUUCUGGUUCACCAGGCUCAUCUACUCAUCGGUGAAGAUCGAUUGAAUCCGUUUUCAAGCACAUUUCGAUUUGAUUUCAUCGAGAGGAUGGCUCCAAACCAAUCCCGAAAUGCAGGAGAUCGUUUGCUUCUGGACUCGACCAUUAGGGUUUUUGAAUCCUUUUUUUUAUCGUAGAAAUGGUUGAAUUUUAUUAGCUUAGGAAUU